AUGGCGCCCAGUAUGUCGCUUCACAGCGUGAUCGCAAUCUUGAUCCUCUCCACCGACACAUCCCCUGAGUCCUCUCGGUUGUUUGCCAAAUACUACAAUCCCCCUCACACAUCACCUGCGCUACCUGCGUCUCCUCAACCCUACCCUACACUUAAGGAGCAGAAGGCUUUUGAGAAGGGACUGCUAGAGAAGACCGCAAAGCAGACCUCGGACGUUAUCCUCUACGACAAUAAGGUCGUGGUGUUUAAGAUGGAAAGCGAUGUUAUGAUAUACGUGGUCGGAGGCCCUGAAGAGAACGAGAUCCUUCUAUACAAUGUGAUUUUGGCUUUGAGGGAUACACUCAGCAUUCUACUCAAGAAUUCAACGGAUAAGCGGACAAUCAUGGAGAACUAUGACUUAGUAACGCUCGCCAUUGACGAGAUUGUGGACGACGGCAUCGUGCUGGAGACCGACCCGGUCAUGGUGGCAUCGAGAGUGACCAAGGCUCCCGCGCAGGACGCACCAAACAUGAAGAACAUCGACCUAAGCGAACAAGGUAUUCAGAAUCUUUGGGAGUUUGGAAAGAAGCAGGGGAUGGAGUUUGUCCGGAGGAACUUAUGA